CAGAGGCAGUCAGGCAAGUUGAAACCUGUGUGCGCACACAGGGCAGUGGUAGACUGCUAGGAUUUAUAACUGACACCACAGGACCUCUGAACAUAGGACUCUUGGACAAGUGAACUAAUUUGAUGGAAACUAGAUGGUGAACUAGAGAUUUACCAGGUUUAAUAUGAUGGGUAUUGAUGAAAAUGGAAGUUAUUAAACUCCCUCUGACAUUUGGGAGCCGCUGAACAUUCAGAGAGAAGAGGACAAAGUUGGUACAAGCCUUGCAUCUCCAGCUCCCAAGAUGACCUCUUCUGAAAUGUGACUGUCUGCAUCUCAAUACAGAGGCCCCAGCCAGGGGAGCGGCUGACUGUAUAGGCCUACCUACAGUAACAUGGAGAUGGUGCAGGUGGAGUUUGAGUAUGAGUACACAGCCAGGAACGGGGCUCUGGUCUCCAUCAAGCCCAAUGACAUGUACAUCCUGGUCUCCAGGACCAACGAGCACUGGUGGCACGUCCAGAAGGACCAGAGCACCAAGCCCUUCUACAUCCCUGCAAAGUAUGUGAGGGAGCUCUCUGUGGAGACCCAGGGCCAACUGGACCUCACCGAUCCUGGGAGUCACACAUCCCCGCAGGCAACGACUGACAGAGAGCCAACGAAGAUGUCUAACAAAGGUCAAAGGCCAGGCACUGUGAUCAGGGUCCACGUGUCCACGGAUCACUCUGCGAGAUCACUUUCCACUCACAGGAAAUCCACGUUCAGGGUCUCACAAGACAUCAAUGAUAUCGAGCGGUAUGAGCACGUGAAGACAAUGGUGGGACUGCAGACCUCCAACAACGAGACUAGAGAUAGCCCGCCAUGUGAUGAAGAAGUGAACAAGAAGCAUAGUUUAGUUCCAGGUGUCUCAUUCAACUCAGCCUCAGACACUCCAGGUCUUGGCAAUUUGCUGCAGCACCCUUCCCUAAAGCUCCUUGUCCCACCCGAGCCCACAAGUGUACUUCCUCAGUUGCAGUCAGGCCAUUCUCCGUUUAUCAAGGAUCCAGUUGAACAGCAGAACUCUGACGGCUGGAUGAUGAAAACACUGGCAGGGGAUCCUAGUGGGCAAUCUCAUUUAUAUCAGGACCCUGAUAUCUAUGAGACUAUAUCAGAUAUACCACUCUCAGAGAUGACAGACAUAGUGGAAACAGAACCGGCUGGAUCUCUGGGUGCAACGAAAACACCAGCAGAACAGCAAAGCCUGGAUCAAACUUGUGGUCCGAUUGAUGUUACGGCCCCUUCUCUUUCGGAUCAGGUUGACAAUGAGAGUGCCCAGAACGCUGUGUACGUCAAUGUAGCGGAGCUCCACAGAAACGUCUCUGAGUCCCCUCUCUCGGCCUCCUCCCCUCCCUGCUCUCCUCCUUACCUGGACUCUGAGGGAUGGGAGGUGCACACUGACCAGGAGAGUGGACAGGAGUACUACUACCACCCUGAAUCGGGGCAGGCUACCUGGGACAACCCCCACAUAGACCCUGAGGCUCCCGCUGAGGAGCCUGUGUGUUCGUCUCCCUCGCCCUCCUCUCAGUCCCCCACCUCCACCUCUGUCCCCCCCCCUGCAUGGACCGCUGACUGGGAGCAGUGUUUGGAUGUGACUAGCGGCCGCCAGUACUUCUACAACCCAGUAUCGGGAGAGACGUCUUGGGAGCCCCCAGAGCCACAGUGCCCCUACCCCCCUCUGAUGGAGCCGCUGAGUGGGCACAGCUCUCUGGAGGAAGGGCCGCCUCCCCUGCCUGAGGAGGACUACCCGGGUGAGGCUGACCUACCUGAAUCCCUGGAAGAGGAGCCAUUGGCUUUGUCCCCAGUGGACCCUCACUCCUUCCAUAACGACUACAACCCCAGCCAUGUGAUCCAGGCAGUCAUCCCCAGGGCCAGCCUGGACAGGAGCGCUCCAACUGGCUGGAACCUCAAUAUAGACCCUGAUGGAACAUGGGUGUUCUCCAGCAAACACACACCUGAGCAGUGGAUCAAAUCAUUGGACGACAGAGGACAGACGUACUACUACCUGAGAGACGGCUCCAGAUCCCAGUGGAACCUGCCUGAGGCCCCUGUAGCAUCAGGCCAGUCUAAGGUGGGAAAUGGUGUUGCGCUGGACGGGGGGUCUCUAUCUAUGAAGAACUGGAGACACACCAUGGGUCCAGCUCACUUCAGCUCAACCAUGGAGGAAAGGAAGUUCUUCCCAAAUCACAGAAGAAAUGCCUCGGACUACGGCAGCGAGGGUUCCAGUGCAGACAACUCUCCAGAGAUGGGGCAGCAUCAUGUGCAGAGUUUAGAAAAAGCUGGAAUUCUCAACAAAACUAAAGUGUCAGAGAAUGGGAAAAGAGUAAGGAAAAACUGGGCCCAGUCUUGGACGGUUCUUCACGGAGGGGUUCUGACCUUCCACAAAGACCCCAAGUCUGCAGCCACAGGAGCCUCGAACAAGACUAAUCAGAUCGCCCCAGAGGUCACAGUGGAGCUACGAGGUGCAACGAUUGGCUGGGCUCCCAGGGAUAAAUCCAGCAAAAAGAAUGUUGUAGAGUUGAAAAACAAAAAUGGUGUUGAGUUUCUGAUACAGUACGACACUGAGAGUAUCAUCAACGACUGGCACAAAGUUCUAGUCGACACUAUUCGACAGCUGGACCAGGAUCAUCACCAAUCUGAGGAGGAGGACGGGGACAUCAGUGAGAAGUCCUCCGGUACAGACAGAGAUGACAGGUCACCAAGCACCCUGGACAAGAGGAGGAUGUCUUCCAGACCGAGCACGGCCACCUCCUCUGGGGGAGAGACAGAUCAGAAGAAGGUUCGUACCAAGCUGAUCAAGUUCCUCCUGAAACGACCCACGCUGCAGUCCGUCAAGGAGAAGGGUUACAUCCGAGACAAUGUGUUUGGCUGUCAUCUGGCUACACUGUGUGCCCAGGAGAAAACUACUAUCCCAAGCUUUGUGGAGAAAUGUAUCCGAGCAGUGGAAAAGAGAGGUCUGGACAUGGAUGGACUCUACAGAGUCAGUGGGAACCUAGCUGUCAUUCAGAAACUACGCUUCAAGGCAGAUCAUGAGGAACUGGACUUGGAGGAUGGCCAGUGGGAGGACACCCACGUCAUCACUGGGGCUCUGAAGCUUUUCUUCAGGGAGCUUCCUGAACCCCUCUUCCCCUUCAGCCACUUCAGCCACUUCAUCCAGGCCAUAAGAACUGUUGAUUACACCCUCAAAGUGUCUUACAUGCGAGAGCUGGUGGAGUCUCUUCCUCGGCCAAACCAUGACACCAUGGAACUCCUCUUCAGCCAUUUACGCAAAGUGAUAAACUAUGGAGAAGAGAACCGUAUGACUGUGCAGAACGUGGCUAUCGUCUUUGGUCCCACGCUGCUCCGGCCAGAGAUGGAGUCAGCCAACAUCGCCAUGCACAUGGUUUUCCAGAACCAGAUAGUUGAGCUUGUCCUGAACGAAUACGAAUACAUCUUCCAUUCCAGUUGAAACAAUCAACUGCGGCAGGGUAGCCUAGUGGUUAGAGCAUUGGACUAGUAACCGAAAGGUUGCAAGUUCAAAUCCCCGAGCUGACAAGGUACAAAAUCUGUCGUUCUGCCCCUGAACAGGCAGUUAACCCACUGUUCCUAGGCCGUCAUUGAAAAUAAGAAUUUGUUCUUAACUGACUUGCCUAGUAAAAUAAAGGUUAAAUAAAAAAAAAUGUUAAAAAAAUCAUAAGCCUCUGUCAGUCAGAGGUCAGUGAUCAAUUUAAGUAAUAUUGCAGUAGGAGAAAAACCACACACUCACCACCGGACAGAGGGUGCGUCCAAAUAGUCUCUUUCUUUCUGAAGUGUGCACUCAUUCACUAUUCCCCACAAAUGUAAAAGCAUUGGGUUGGUGUAGGCAUGGGCUGGAGGGAGUUUACAAAUAGGCCUAACAGUCAUGUCCUUUCAAAUCAUGAAGGGAAGUGAACAAGUGCACACUUCAGGAGAAAGGAGAGAUUAUUGGGAGGCAGCCAUAGAGGAGCUGCUUGCAUUAGGCCUAGUUGAAAGCGAUGUCAAAUAUUUGCACUGCAUUUAUUAUAAUAUCUUAGUUGGAUAUUCAUUUGCCAAUUCAGAAUGUUCUCUGAAUUUCUGUUUCUUCACUGCAUUCCUUAUUAUGUAAAAUAACACACACCCUUAUGGCAUCACUUAUGUACAGUCUCAAAACAUUUUUUGUUGCUAUAGGCCUUCUUUGAAAUCUUCCUUUCAUGUAAAAAUGUUAAUUCACAAUAACAUGAUUUUAUCUUAACACCCCAAUUCUCAAGGCAACCUGAAGAUGCUUUGAUACUUUGUUUUUACACACGAUCAAACAAACCCUUUUAGAUGCAUUUUAAAGAUGAAAACAAAAUGUUUAAAAGUUACUGAAAUGUUUGAGGUUACUGUAUAUCAUGUUUCUGAAUAGCCUAGAAGUCCUGUGUUAUGCUAAUAAUGUCUUAUUCAGUCAAUGUACAUUUUGUAACUGUAAUAUAGAAAUAUAUCAAAUAUGUACUACCCAAAACCUGCUAUGAAUUAGACACCAACUUCCCUUGUACAGCCUCUCUAGAUUUUGUACUGGAUAAUCAGAUGCCACCUUUUUUAAAUAGGCACAUUUAGUGUUAAUUAAACAAAGCCUCAUUGUAAAUUAACACACAGAAUGAUAAUGACAUAUGGCUAUGCUAUUUCAUUAAUUUUAUUAGCAUUAAUAGAGCUGGAAAAGGCCAGACCUAAAUGAAUAGUUAGACAGUUGUGAGAAGCAUAACAUUCGUUUUUUUUCUGUACAUAGAAAUCAAGUAGCAUAUUUAUGUUGUAAAUUACUGAAAAUGCACGUGUUCCUUUAAUAAAAUAACUUUGUAAAAAUA